AUGUUCCUCCAUCUCUGCUUGUUCUUUUUUCAUUGCAUUUUUCUCCUCUUCGCGCACAAUAAAAAUAAGCACAAAAAAUUAAUAUUUUUCGAUGUGUGUCUAACAGCCUUACUGUGUCCGCUCUCUUUAAUCAGUUCCUCUCCCUCGACCUCCGGCUCUCCGGGCUUUUUGCUUGAUACACCAGACACCCUGGAUGCCAGUACCGCUGUUAGCAACCCCAUCCUCAGGGAGGAGACGGCAAUUGAGGGCCAGAGACUGGAUCCGGAGGAAGAAGAAGACAGCCAAAUCUAUCGUCACUUCCUCCUUCUCAUCCUCCUCGCCAUAAGCAUGUUCUUUGUGAGUUGGCUGUGUCCUUCACAAACCAUCCAGGGCAGUAUACAUUAUGGCGAAUGCUGUUUGCAAAAUGUCAAAGUUUGUAAAUCAUUUAUCAUUACCGGCGUGAACGCAUUUACGGGAACUUAG